AUGGAGAUUGACAAGGAGAAGGAUGCAGACCGCCAUUUUCACCUGGGAUCGGGCCGAAGGCUCUAUCAAUUGAUGCAUGAGCGCGGUCGAAAGUUUCAGCUAACUGCUACCAUACGGGUCAGAUACACCCUCGCUCUCUGGCGCAGUUAUGGAACCGUUCCCAAGAGUUGUGAGACUGUCGUUGUGGUGUAUCUUGACAUCCAUUUCGAUAUGGACACCAACCAGGUCAUCUCGAGACAUCGCUUCGAAGAAGAUUUCGAUGUCUACAACGCCAUGCGUGACGGGGAAUCUCAGUUCUUGAAUGACGACGUAAUUGCAUUCGGACCGUUGCCAGAUCUGGACAUCAACGACGACAUCAAAGGUUAUCUCGAAGCGCGUUAUGCCCGAUGGCCGAAGAUCCCGGACAAGAGCGGCGAUCUCUGGGCAGAAGGAUAG